GGGGCGGGGCCGGCGGGCCGUGGAGCGGCGGGUCCGGGAGGCAAUAUUAACAUCAGGAAAUGGCAGAAGCAGUUUUUCACCCCCCAAGAAGGAAAAGAAGAGUUUUUGAGUCCUACGAGGGUCCUUUCCCUGUGGAUGUGGGUGGGAAGGAUUUCAGAAUGUGCCAGGCUGAAAUCAUCAACAACCACGUGAUUGUGAGGAACCCAGAGGACAUUGAACAGCUCUAUAACAAGGGCUAUUUUGGGAAAGGGAUCCUUUCAAGAAGUCGGCCGGUGUUCAGCAUUUCAGACCCCCUGCUGGUUGCUAAGUGGCAAGGUGUCAACACAAACAUGCCUAUAAUUACAUCUCAAAAGUUCUCCUGUCUCCUGUUCCCCAGGUACCAGCGCCGUGUGCAGUGGGCCAGGAGUGUUCUGCAAGAGCAAGGCCUUGAUGACUGCUCAGUUACCCAGAUCCUCGAAAAUUACACCAAACCUCUGGAGCUGACACAGCCUGGAGCUGAACAAACUGCUAAUAACAGGAUGGGCCCAAAUACAGAAAAUACUGAACUUUCCAGCCAGUCUCGUGCAGAUCCUGGUAGUGCAGGAGCCCUGAGUCCCGAGGAUCAGAAUGGGGGCUCCGGGAAAGCCUGUUUGGAAGGAGAUGCAGGAAUGGGCCCUGUGUGUGGCUGUGAGCAGCAGGAACAAGGUGACUCCAGAGGGCUGCAGGAAGGGUCCUGCCAGAAGGGUGGUGCUGCUGUGCUCGGUGGCUGUGAGGGCAAGCAGAGCCCUGAGCAAAGGGCUGGGCAGGGGGGCGAGGCAAAGCAAAAUGCUCCAGAAUAUGUGUUGGUGCAAGAGGAAGAAGAAGGGAGCUCAUGUCCUGAAGAUGACUCUGCUUCUUUACAAGGAAAUCUUGUCAAAAAGGAGAAACUGGUGUGCAGAAAAAAUCCAUUUAGGAUUUUUGAGUAUUUACAGCUCAGUUUGGAAGAGGCUUUUUUCUUGGUCUAUGCUCUGGGAUGUUUAAGUAUUUAUUAUGGUGAGGAGCCCCUGAGCAUCCUGAAGCUGUGGCAGGUGUUCAGCGAGGUGAAGCCUGAUUUCAAGACCACCUACAUGGCCUAUCACUAUUUCCGCAGCCGGGGCUGGGUGCCCAAGGUGGGGCUCAAGUACGGGACCGACUUGCUGCUGUAUCGAAAAGGCCCCCCCUUCUAUCAUGCCAGUUACUCUGUCCUUGCUGAGCUGGUGGAUGAUGAUUUCCAGGGAUCUCUGCGCAGACCUCUCAGCUGGAUGUCCCUGUCUGGGCUCAACAGGACAACUGCUAAUGCUUCCAAGGAGCUGAUGCUCUGCUAUUUGAUUAAACCCUCUGACAUGACUGCAGAGGAGAUGUCGAGCCCAGAGUGUAUGAAGAGGAUCAGGGUCCAGGUGCAGGCAUUAGUGCUGAAUGGACAACUAUGGUCUGGCUCCUGAAUGUCUGCCAAGUGCCUGAGCAAUGAGGGAUGGGACAGUUUUCUGGGAAUACCUGUUCAGAGUUGGGAAUUGUAAGGCUCAGCACAUUGUAAGCCCUUCAGAAAUGAGGGCUUAAACUUGAUGGUCUUCAAAUUGAGUGGUUAAAACCCAUCAGUAAUUACAGUGAAUCAAAUAACCUUUUAGAGUAUCAGUGGUAACUUUCCUCAGCCAAAACCUGACUUCAUAGCCUUGAGGAAACGGCACAAAUUUGGAUUUGGGGAGAGAUUUGGUUGUUGCAGUAUUGAUUAUUGUGACAUGUUGUGGUUGGGUGCCUGGACCCUGGGAUUCAGUGCCUUACUUGCACAAUCAAAGCUCAGAACUGAGGAACUCUUCCCAGAAUGUGCAGGGAUUUUAGUGAAUUCUGUGGGUUAAGCACCUAACAGCAAAGGGAGGUGUUGGGCACCUUUCUCCAUCUGGGUAAGAUGUAGGGGCCUCGUCCUGCCCCGUGCCAGCCAGAUGCCCAGCCCAGCUGAGGCCCUUCCUUCCCUUGAGGAUGAGUCACCGUGCAGAAAAUAACCCAGCUUUGCUGACACUGAGAGGAACUCAGUGCCUCUAGCUUGGCAAGUGUGAGUCCCACAUUCAUCACUGCUUUUAUCCCUUUUACCCAGAAGCCACAACGCUUUAUACAUUUAUUUUUGUUCCUGUGGCACUCUCUCUGUCCUGGCCUGUGGUAUCAUACAGCAGAUGAGGAUAAACUGCAGUUUGGAUGGAGUGAGGAACAGGACAGUGCUGAGCUUUGCUACAAUAGUGCCUGCUGGUUUCUAACUUUUUUUCUUGCAAGAUUUAAUCAGCUGGGAUGCAGGUUGCUAACGUUGAUGUUUACUAUUGCUAAGCCACAUUAGGAAAACAAACCAACCACCCAACACAGCAGGUCCUGAGCUGCUUUCAAGCAGAGCCAGGAGGUUUCAGUAUCAACUGUGCUGCAUUUUAAGUCUUGCUGCUUCAUUCAGGCAUUUUAAUUCCAUCUGGGCUUCCCUUUUUCACCCUGCUGUUCAGGUUUUGUGAGAACACAUCUGCUACAACAGUGAGGACACAGCAGAGCUGGUGACAGUGACACUCUGCUGUUUUCACUCCCUGUAAAAGGGGUUUGGGACCUUUUCCUUGCCUGGUAAAAAUCGUGUCACCUCGGUCUGUUCCCACCAGGCACAACCCCACAAUCAUGUUUAUUUGGGCACUUUAGGUUGUAGAGCCAUGUCAUGAAUGCAGGAAACUACAGGCACCUCAAGGUGGCAGAUCUUCCUGUCUUUGCUUUCAUUUAAUCUGACUCCCACUGGAAGGAUGGCAAAUGAAAUGUUAAUUGUACAGAAGUUUUUCCAAGCUGAACAGGUGUGGAGGUGUUGGGUGUAGGGUCAAGGUGUUUUAUUUCGAGCAGCAGAGGACUACUUCACGUUUCAGUGCAGGUGGAUCAAAUAACUCAGUUGUAUCAUUUGGCACUGUAUUUAUCAUUCAGCACAUAACACACAGGACUGAAAUGCAGUGAGGAUUCUGCCUCAAACAGGACACCAGGAGUUGUUUGAGCCAGAUCCUGGCUGAGGGAUUGUGCUGUGCUCUGGGAGGGGGUGGACAGGUCUCCAGCAGCAGCAGGACAGUGCAUUUCAAGCUGGGUGUUUCUACUUGUGCUGUGGGUGUUUUCAGGGAGCUGUAACUUCGAGUUUGGCAAGAAGUGGAAGAACAUGGAGGGGGAGGCGUGUGAAGUGUGGUGAUGGUGGUGUGUGCUGCUGCAGAGCACGGGGGGACAAAUUCUGAGAGUCUGGUUAUUACAACUACUGACAGAUAAGACACUAAAUUCCCUCUUAAUACCAAGCAUCUGCCUUGGUCUGAAGAAUA